UCUCCUCAUUCUCCAAUCCCAACCAAAUUUCUAUUCUUAAAAAAAAAAAAAAACCUUGAAUUCUCCUCACCCAUUUUGCCAAAUCCACAAAGCAAAACACAUUUUUAUUUUAUCUAGAAAAAAAAAAUGGAUUUCAAUUUGCUUCAUCCGGCGGAUCAUGAAGGUUUCUUCCCCCACCGGUGCGUUUGGGUUAAUGGGCCGGUGAUCGUCGGCGCCGGACCGUCGGGGCUGGCGACGGCGGCGUGCCUGAGAGAACAAGGCGUCCCGUUUGUGGUUGUGGAAAGAGCCGAUUGCAUAGCUUCUCUGUGGCAAAAACGGACUUACGAUAGGCUUAAGCUUCAUCUCCCGAAGCAAUUUUGCCAGCUCCCGAGGCUUCCAUUUCCCGAAGAAUUCCCAGAAUACCCUUCCAAGAAACAAUUCAUUCAAUACCUCGAAAGCUACGCCAAGAAAUUCGAAAUUAGCCCCCAGUUUAACGAGUGCGUUCAAUCCGCGAGGUACGACGAGACGAGUGGACUCUGGCGAGUCAAGACCGAGUCGAGCUCCGGCGAGGUCGAGUACAUUUGCCGGUGGCUCGUGGUGGCCACCGGCGAGAAUGCUGAGUGUGUCAUGCCGGAAAUCGAGGGGCUCAGCGAAUUCGCCGGCGAAGUUUUGCAUGUCUCCGAUUAUAAAUCCGGCGAGAAGUUCAAGGGAAAGAAAGUUCUCGUUGUGGGCUGCGGAAAUUCCGGCAUGGAAGUUUCCCUCGACCUCUGCAACCAUGAAGCUUCUCCAUCAAUGGUGGUUCGGAGCUCGGUUCAUGUUUUGCCGAGGGAAGUUCUUGGAAAAUCGACUUUCGAAUUGGCUGUUUUACUGAUGAAAUGGCUUCCACUUUGGCUAGUGGACAAGUUGAUGCUGAUUUUGGCAUGGUUUGUGCUUGGAAACAUUGAGAAAUAUGGGCUGAAGCGGCCAUCAAUGGGGCCAUUGGAGCUGAAGAACACGAAGGGGAAAACCCCUGUUUUGGACAUUGGAACACUGAGCAAAAUCAGAUCUGGAGACAUUAAAGUGGUAGCAGGAAUCAAAAAGUUCAGUGAGAAGCAAGUUGAGUUCAUCAAUGGCGAAAAGCUCGACAUUGAUUCAGUCGUUUUGGCAACUGGUUACCGUAGCAACGUGCCGUUUUGGCUUCAGGAAAGGGAAUUGUUCGGCAAAAAUGGGUUUCCAAAGGCCGCAUUUCCCCACGGAUGGAAAGGGAAAUCAGGGCUUUAUGCAGUUGGGUUCACAAGGAGGGGGCUUUCUGGAGCAGCCUCAGAUGCCAUUAAAAUAGCUGAAGAUAUAGGCACCGUUUGGAGACAGGAAAUCAAACAGAAGAACACACCAAUUGCUUGCCUAAGAAGAUGCAUUUCUCAGUUCUAGACCCUAAUUUUACACACCCUAUAAAUUUAAAUCUUGAUUCAUUCUUUUGGUGUAAAUUGUGCAUAAAUGGCACUGUAAAAAAAAAAAAUUUAACAAAAAGGGUUAGAUAUAUAGACAUUGAGAGAAGGCAAGCCCUCUCCAAAAAAGGAAAAAAGAAAAAAAAAAAGCCCAAGUUUUGAAUUU